CGUCACGUGGCGACGCGAGAAGUGCGGCUGGUGCGCGUCGUUGCCGGGCAACCCUCCGGAGCCCCGCGCCGGGAGUGAGAGCUGCUGGCGGCGCUCGCGUGCGGAGGGGGGAUGCGGCUGAACUGGGUGCCGGUCGGAGCCCGCCCCUCGGGAGCCGCACACCGGGCGCACCGGGGCCUCAGUCGCCGACCCCGACUUCCGGCUGCCUUCAGGCCGGCCCAGCCAAAAACUCACCUGCGCCCCGACCCCGCUCUCGAGGACCCUGGGCGCCGCCCUCUCCGGGCACCGGGCAGAACCGCGCCUCGCCGACCCCUGCACCCGGCCCGGCCGGCCCCCGCAGCACCUAGUUGUCCCUGGGGCACGACCCUGCGCCAGGCAGUCGCCGGAGGAGGCCGGGCAGCGCCUCCGGCCCCUCUCUCCGGGUGCCAGGCCGUGGACGUUGUGUAUGUCCGUUCCGCGGCGACGCUGGGCCCACGCCAGGCCACCCGCACUCCCGAAGAAGCCACCAGCAGCUCCGGGGCGGUGGGCGGGCAGGCGGCCCCCGAGGCCCGGUCCAGGCCUGGGCCGUCCCAGCAGAGCUGUGCUCACAGUGUCCUGAGUGUUCUCCCAGGCAACACCAACAGGCAAGGCCCGUGGGAGCGGGGGAGGGAGCCUGGCCAGACGGCCCCUCCGAGAGGGUCUCAGAGUGACCUCACAGGGGAAACAGGCGAGGCCUCCCCCCACCAGGCCUCCGAAGACAGCGGUGCGGGCGGCGCCCCUGGGCAGAGUGGCGCCCCUGGGCGGUGGGUGAGGACCCACUGCCACCUCCCCCUUCGCCUGGGGAGGCCUGAAUCUCCGGGUUCAGAAGGGUUUCCCCACCUUCACCACCUGUGGCCUGCACCCACAGGGACACUGCGGUGCCUGGGGCAGUCUGAAGGCUUUCGAGGGUCUUCAGCCAGGUCUGAGCAGUUCUCUGCACCCCUCGAGCUCCCAGGGAGGCCCACAGCACCUGAGCAGCUGAGAGCGGCUUCUGCCCAGGAGCGUCGUGGCUCCCGCCAGCCUCAGCAGCGUGGACCCUGGGAGUCUGGACCCCCGGUACCUCCCCAUUCCACAUGUACUUCUCCCGGGCUAGGUAUGUUUGUUCUCUUUCCGCCCACUCUCAGCUGUGGGAAUAUGGUCAGGUUUGCUUUUCGAGAAGCACCAGUCCGGCAGGCGGCCAAAGACGUCCCUGCCUCAGCCCAGUCCCUGGAGGUGAGCGGUGGGGCCAAGCCGGGCCCGGGGUCUGCGUGCACCUGGCGGCUCUCGAGGUUGCCUUUUAACACAUGCCUCCUUUGCAGUCCUGAACCUAGAACGCUCUGGAGAGCCCCUCAGAACGCAGACAGCACAUCCACUCCCUGAUGUCUCUGGAGCGGCCCCACUGCCACGAGAACCCCCCAGUUCUCGGAGUGGAUGCUGCCCAAGGGUGGAGUGAUCUCGGUGUAGACGGGCUCCAGGGGGUAUGGGUGGGAUCCACAGAGGUGGGGCCAGCCACCUGCGGCCACGGCCCACCUCGGGGAGCCACCGCCUGGGAGACGGCGGGCUGGUCUGCAGGGGGCACACCUGUCCCGGGGCCGCUGAGACACAGCCUUUCCCCUGUGGCGAGGCCGCUGCUCUCAGAAGGGUGGGUGACGAGGCCAGGUAGCUGUGGGCGCCUGCCCCGUGCAGCCCUGGGUGCUAGCCAAGGACGGAGGUGUCCAGCUGGAGCAAUGCCCGAUGGGCAAGGAGCAGGGGUGUGGGGAGACCUGGCUGACAGCGUCUGGCUCACACAGACUGUGCUGAGUCCAGCAAUCGAGGGGCAAAGGCCUUUUUCCCGUUUGUGUUGAAAAUACUCUCGUACACGGAAAACCCAGAAGGGGCAAGCAGCGCGUGAGGACGGGGUAGCUGUGUGGGCCAAGGGGCCACACUGGGCCAGAAGGAGCUGGAGAGGCCCGUGAGGGGUGCUUGGCUGUGCCUUGGCACCAGGAACACAGGACGGGAGGGAGGGCGGGAGGGGAGGCAGCCUGACCAGGAGGCUGAGGGGGCACAGCGCUGACCUGGGGGUGGUCAAAGGGUUCUGAGCCACGCAGCAGCGCAGCAGGGACUGGGCCACGCAAGCUCAUGAGCCUGUGGCGGCCAAGCACUUUCAGAGCCAGGAGCAGGCUGCCCUCCCCCUGCCAGUGCAGGAGGGCUGGGGAAGACGGAAGGCCCAGGGGCGCGUCCUGGAAGAUUCCAAGCUCCGAGAGUCCGAAGAGGUCCAGGUGCAAGGCUUCCCUCUGCCCCGUGCAGAGCCCUGAGC